CCAAACAAAAAAAAAAUAAAAAAUUAAAGAAAAUAAAAGAAUCAAAAUCCAUGGCCACCAUGAAAUUGUCAUUGGUUUUUAUUCUUUUAUUUGCUUGCACCAUCCCCUUCCAAGGUGUUCUUGCUGACAUUAUCUGUGAGAAUUUGCCUACAAACGCUUGUGCAUUUUCAGUCUCAUCGUCAGGAAAGAGAUGUGUGUUAGAGAACUCGAUAAAAGAUGGCACUAAGGUGGAAUAUGAAUGUAAGACGUCAGACGUGGUGGUCGGGAGUGACAUGGCGGAAUACAUAGAAACUGACAAGUGUGUGAGCGCAUGCGGAAUUGAUCGAAAAUCUGUUGGCAUGUCAUCGGAUACCUUGCUCGAGUCGACCUUCAUUGCCAAGCUUUGUUCCCCGGCUUGUUACAAUGACUGCCCCAACAUCGUCGACCUCUACUUCAACUUGGCCGCGGGUGAAGGAGCGUACUUGCCCGACAUGUGCCAGAAGGCGGCUAGCCAUCGUCGUGACAUGGCUGAGCUCGAAAGUAACAGUGAUGUCAUCGCACCUGGUAACAGUGAUGAUGUCAUCGCACCUGGUCCCGAUGUCGAGUGGACCAGUCCUCGUCGUGAUAUGAUUCAACUCGAAAGUGAUGAUAGUGCUGAUGCUCUUCUAGCUGCCGAUGUCGAUUUCCUAGCUAUGGAUGUUGCUAAUGCUCCUACUACUGCUGAUGCUCCUAGUGCUGAUGAUGUUCUAGCUAUCGAUGUUGCUAAUGCUCCUAGUACUGCUGCUGAUGCUCCUAUUGCUGAUGAUGUUUUAGCUGCCGAUUUCUUAGCUGUCGAUGUUGUUGAGGCUCCUGUUGCGGAAACUCCUAAUACACAACUAAGGAACGCUCGUCGUGCCAUGGCUGAGCUUUUGAGUAAUAGUAUUGCUAAUGCUGAUGCUCCUGCUGUUGAUGAUGCUUUAACUAUGGAUACACCAGCACCAUCUCCCUCCUAUUUCUAAAGAGUAUAUAUAGAUUAUGUACAAUCCUAUAUAUUAUAUGGGGAGGGAAAGAGAUUAUUAUUGGGUUAUUGUAUAAUUUGGUUGAGAUUUGUGAUUUUUAUCACAACAAAUUCAAAUAUUGAUAUGACACAUAUAUUGUCAUUAACCAAAUAGUGAAAAUUAUUCUGCUUCAUAUUUAA